AUGGAGCUCCGGGGGUUGGGAUGGAGGGGCGCAGUGGGAGAACACUUGGCCCGGUACCUGUCCUUGAUCAAACCCGCCCACUCCCGGCUCAGGUCCCGGAGGACUGGUCAUGCCCGCCUCACUCUGGUCUGUGGAAGUGGUCCCGAGUCCACCUCCCGAGUCCACCUCCCGAGUCCACCUCCCGAGUCCACCUCCCGAGUCCACCUCCCGAGUCCACCUCCCGAGUCCACCUCCCGAGUCCACCUCCCGAGUCCAGCUCCCGAGUCCACCUCCCGAGUCCAGCUCCCGAGUCCACCUCCCGAGUCCACCUCCCGAGUCCACCUCCCGAGUCCACCUCCCGAGUCCACCUCCCGAGUCCACCUCCCGAGUCCACCUCCCGAGUCCACCUCCCGAGAAGUGAAUAAAAGAAAGAAAGACAACACCAUUGUCAUGACGAGCAGCAGCAGCAACAGAGUCCUGCUCAGAGCAACAGAGUCCUGCUCAGAGCAACAGAGUCCUGCUCAGAGCAACAGAGUCCUGCUCAGAGCAACAGAGUCCUGCUCAGAGCAACAGAGUCCUGCUCAGAGCAACAGAGUCCUGCUCAGAGCAACAGUCGAAUGA